UAAUGUACUCAAGAUCUUUUGCCACGUAAUUGAGGAUAUUUUUGGAGAUAUCUUUAGUCUUUUUCCUCUGUAGCGUUUUGCAGGUGUAAUUUAGUGUAUUACUUCAGUGUGUUUCAUCCAGAUGCAUAGCAGAUCCACAAAAUGUCCUGGAUAACAGACCUAGCAGGGAAAGCAGAAACUCUCCUUAACAAGCUUGACACAGAAGCUGGGGCCGUUCUCAAGCAGGAGAGACGCAACUCAUCUGCGGGCAAAUCCUCGUAUAAGCAUGAUGCGGCCAAUGCUGUGCCUCCAGUGACUCAGUAUGAAAAGUCAAGUUUGCCAAGUUCCAGCAGUGUUCCCAGCAACCUAAGUACCUAUGGCAUAGGAGGCAGCCCUGUGACAGUGCCAGGUGCCAGCAUUCAGGGAAGUGGCACUUCCCUCACAUCAUCACCGAAAGGGACAGGAAAGAAGAGCAAUCCACGGAAGAAAGACGAGGCGUUGAUGGACUUCCUGAAUAGCCCCCUUCAACAAGAACAGCAGACAGCUCACCAACACACAGUCACCAUUUCCCAGGCAGAUCCAAUGAUAUCCUCCACAACCAUGACAACAUCAACCAUCAGCAGUCAUGGGCAUUCACGCCAAUCAUCUGUCUCGUCUGUUUCCUCCUUCAUGGCUUUGAGUGGAAGGGAGACGCCUGGUUCCGCUACCGUUGACAUUGAAACUGGCAGUUCCGGAUCAGGAAGUGGAUCUGUCAAUGCUGAUGCAUACAUAACAGUUGAAACUCCAUCUGAUGUCAACAUCUCAGCACCUCCAAGCACAGAUGGCAGUACAAGCAGUAAUGGUGUCAUGACUGGGUCAGUGGACAGUGAGACAAGUUUAUUACGCAAAGAGGUGGCAAGCCUCAAUCAAGAGAUGAGUCAAGUCUUAAAGAGAGCCAAGGAUGCCGAGAGAGAAACACAACAAUUAAGGACUCAAGUAUCUGGACUCUUGAGCCAACAGUCAUCAAGUGACCAAAUUAUGCGUGAGAUACAACAGAGGGAAAUGGAUUUGAUGGAGUCUAUUAAAGCUAAGGAUAGCCAACUGGCAGUACUUCGAGUUCGGUUACAGGAGGGAGAUCAUGACAUAAAGGCUAAAGAUACUUUGAUAACAGAACUGAAAGAUGAAAAUAAAAGGUUAUUGGAAGGUGCUAACGAAAGUAGUGGACUACACAACCAUGCGCUUCAGACUGUCCAGGAUCGCUUAGCAGAGGUUCAGGCACAGCUGGACAGAGAAAAACAGCUUCACAUGUCUUCACAAACUGAACUCACAAGGAGAAUAAACCAUCUUGAAGAGGAACAGCAGGAAUCAGCAUCAGCACUAACAGAAGCUCAACGCAAGCUUGAAGAUGAAAGAACUCGGGCUCAUCAACUUGUCAACCAGGUGAGUUCUUUGCGUGGCGAAUUGGCUGCAGCAAGGGAAGAACUGACAGAGUACAAAGCCAAAGCUGGCCGGAUCUUACAAAGCAAAGAGAAAUUGAUAGCCAGUCUGAAGGAGGACCGAGGUGGAGGCGGAAGUGAGUCAGCCGAGGAAUCACAACUCCAUGAAGCUGAGCUGCACCAAAUACGAUCUGAGCGAGAUCUGCUGCGGGAGGAACUGGAAGGAGCAGGUGUGAGGAUCAGGCAGUUAUUGACAGAGGUCAGUGACCUGGAAGCCUCUGCACAGGACCAGGCAGCAUCAGCCUUCCACAAUGCCUCAAAUCUAGAGGAAGCUUUAUCCGAUGAGAGAAAAAGGAGGACGGAAGUAGAGUCUGAAUUAAGACAUGUCCAGGAGGAAAUGCGUUGUGCUCAUGAAGAAUUAACAAGACAAAAAGUCAACUUAUCUUCAAGGCUUCAGGAAAGGGACACUGAAAUUGACCGGCUCAGGAAACAGGUCGCCCAUAAGCAGAGCUCAUCCAGCAGCCAGUCGGAAUUGGAACAACGAGUCCAUGCUUUAACGGAGUCCCUCAUCCACAAGCAGACAGCCAUUGAGACGCUAAGCACAGAGAAGCAUUCGCUUAUCAUCCAAAUGGAAAGACUCAAGCAACAGUACGAUGAAUCCCAGAGUAUGUUGAACAGAGAUCCUCCAACAUCUUAUCGUCAGGAUGAUGUGAGAAACCGUGUACCAAGUUUUCUUAUGGAAUCUCCCUUCGAUGGGGGUGUGGCUCGGCAAGUGAAACGGGCAUACACCACCUUGGACAAAUUCUCUGUGAGAUUGGGGAUAUUCCUGCGGCGUUAUCCUAUUGCCAGAGUCUUUGUGAUUUUGUACAUGUGCCUUCUGCAUGUCUGGGUCAUGAUUGUUCUGCUUACAUACACUCCAGAGGUCCAUGGGCCUGAUUACCAGCAUCCUAUUGGUACCAUGCCACACAUUCCUCAGUAGUAACCUUGGAAACGCAUACAUCAUACAGGUAGUACAUUUGCAAAAGUACACAUGGGCUGUAUUUAUUUUAUUUAUCAAUGAAUGAAUAUGUUAUAUUAGUUGAAAGUCCUUCUGUAUGAUAAAUUAUACAUCCCAAACCUGAUAGAUUGUAUGUGACAUUUGGAGUACCCGGUAUGUGAUAAAUAGGCAUUGACCAAUUUAUUUUUUUCAUGAGUUCAUUAUUUUUGUAUUUUUAUUAUAUAAUAUUUUCAGUUUGGAUGUAGAAAAUGCAAUGUGAUAAUAAUCAUCAAAAAAGUAACUGAAAUGGGUUACCAGAUAAGCUGAAUAGCUAAAUAUUAUACCAAUAAAUUGCCUGUUAUGUAAGCUGAUCAGUUAUUUUUCCUCUUUCUUUUUGUUUUACGGUUAGGCAUUAACUGAUCAUUUAUACUGUUAAAGAAUUUUAUUGAAAUGUAUAAACUUUUAACAUUUUCACAUAUGAUUUUAAGAAAUUAUUUGUUAAUGGCAGGUUUAUAAAUAUAUGAAUAGAAAAGAUUUUGUGAAAUAUAUAUAUUUUCGUGUUUUUUUAGUAUAGCUGGAAUAUUUACUUUUUUAAGGUUUUGGAUGUGGAUAUCCAUAAAAUUCAGCCAUGUAUGAUUUUAGGAAUGUGUAGCUGCAGACACAAGUAGUGUUGUAAACCUGAUAAUAGACUGUUGUUUUCUUAAUCUAGGGAUUCUCUGAAACAAUGCAUAUAUGAACCUCUUGUUGGUGCUUCUAUUGUUAUGAUUGGCAUAUCUUCUUUAUAGAGGAAAGUAGAUUUACAAUAUAUAAUGUUAAACUAUAACUGACAUGUAUAUUCAUAUGGCUGUGAUGUUUAGUUUUUUUAUAUAUAGACAGUUCCAAAAUAUGAGAUAUGGCACACAUGGUUGUAGUAUCACUUUGUUGGUUUUUGCCUGAUAUAAGUGUAGGUGGGUUGGUGGCAGGGAGAAUUGGAGCAGGGCAUGUAUGCAUGUAAUUCUGUUUCUUUAAAGGACUGAAAUCCACCCUUUUUGAGUAAUAAGAGAGAAUGGAACUCUUUUGCUAACUAGAGUGAAUGGUUUUCCAGUACUUGUCAAGGAGACCUACACACUUUUUUUUGUAAAUGCAUAACUGCAUUAUUUCAUCUUACUUAGGCAUUUUCACAUAGUUUUAGUAGGUGAAGGUGUGUGUGUGUGUGUGUAUGUGUACAUGCAUGCAUGGUUGUUUGUGUAUGUGUGCCUUUAUAUGUAAAUGUUCAUACAUUCAUUUGUAUGUAUGUACAUUUAUUGCAAUAUCAGAGGUACAUUAAUACUCCUUAAAUUGUGUAUUAUAUUUAGAAGCCAAAUUGUAAUCAUAUGCAUACUGUUUUUAAUAACAGGAAAUAUAGUUUUACCAAAAAUAUCUACAGUUUGGUAUGCUCAGUAACCUUGCUCUCUUCAAGGAUAUUAUAUAUAUAAGUGGCAUGA